GUAGUACACACAGUGUAAUAAACAACAAUUUAUUUUUCCAAUGGAGUAUGUUAUAAACAAAUUAAUUCCCAAGUUUGUGAUGUAAUUUGGAAGAGACUAUUGUUGACUUGAUCCUAUGAGAGGCAGCACUGGGAACUGAGAAACCCUUGAAUUGCAUUUGUGAGAGAUGAGAGGGAACAAGUUUUGCUUUGAUUUACGAUACCUUCUCGUCGUGGCUGCUCUCGCCUUCAUCUACAUACAGAUGCGGCUUUUCGCGACACAGUCAGAAUAUUCAGACCGCCUUGCUGUUGCAAUUGAAGCAGAAAAUCAUUGUACAAGUCAGACCAGGUUGCUUAUUGACAAGAUUAGCCAGCAGCAAGGAAGAGUAGUGGCUCUUGAAGAACAAAUGAAGCGUCAGGACCAGGAGUGCCGACAAUUGAGGGCUCUUGUUCAGGAUCUUGAAAGUAAGGGCAUAAAAAAGUUAACCGGAAAUGUGCAGAUGCCAGUGGCUGCUGUAGUUGUUAUGGCUUGCAGUCGUGCUGACUACCUGGAGAAGACUAUUAAAUCCAUCUUAAAAUACCAAACAUCUGUUGCAUCAAAAUAUCCUCUUUUCAUAUCCCAGGAUGGAUCAAAUCCUGAUGUUAGAAAGCUUGCUUUGAGCUAUGAUCAGCUGAAGUAUAUGCAGCACUUGGAUUUUGAACCUGUCCAUACUGAAAGACCAGGGGAACUGGUUGCAUACUACAAGAUUGCACGUCAUUACAAGUGGGCAUUGGAUCAGCUGUUUCACAAGCAUAAUUUUAGCCGUGUUAUCAUACUUGAAGAUGAUAUGGAAAUUGCCGCUGAUUUUUUUGACUAUUUUGAGGCUGGAGCUACUCUUCUUGACAGAGACAAGUCGAUUAUGGCUAUUUCUUCUUGGAAUGACAAUGGACAAAGGCAGUUCGUCCAAGAUCCUUAUGCUCUUUACCGCUCAGACUUUUUUCCUGGUCUUGGAUGGAUGCUUUCAAAAUCAACUUGGUCCGAACUAUCUCCAAAGUGGCCAAAGGCUUACUGGGAUGACUGGCUAAGGCUCAAAGAAAAUCACAGAGGUCGACAAUUUAUUCGCCCAGAAGUUUGCAGAACUUACAAUUUUGGUGAGCAUGGUUCUAGUUUGGGGCAGUUUUUUAAGCAGUAUCUUGAACCAAUUAAGCUAAAUGAUGUCCAGGUUGAUUGGAAGUCAAUGGACCUAAGUUACCUUUUGGAGGACAACUAUGUGAAACACUUUGGUGACUUGGUUAAAAAGGCUAAGCCCAUCCACAGAGCUGAUGCUGUUUUGAAAGCAUUUAACAUAGAUGGUGAUGUGCGUAUUCAGUACAGAGACCAACUAGACUUCGAAGAUAUCGCGCGGCAGUUUGGCAUUUUUGAAGAAUGGAAGGAUGGUGUACCACGGGCAGCAUAUAAAGGAAUAGUAGUUUUCCGGUUUCAAACAUCUAGACGUGUGUUCCUUGUUGCCCCUGAUUCUCUUCAACAACUUGGAGUUGAAGAUACUUAGCGAAGAUAUGAUUGGAGCCUGAGCAACAAUUUAGACUUAUUUGGUAGGAUACACUGGAAAGAGCUGACACCAAAAGCUUGAGUACCAGUAGUUACAUACAACGUUUUAAUGUUAAUGGAGGAACUCACUGCCUACUGUUCGAAUGGAUGAAUCAUCACCACAACCUAUUAUUCAAGUGUGGCAAACAUAAAGAGGAAAUGUAGCCCGAUAAACACAAUGGCUUUUUUUUUCUUCUAAGAAGGAAACAUUACGAUUAUGAGCAACUCAUCAUGACAUCGUUGAAGAAAUAUGAGCACAUUCCUUCUAUAUAUCAUUUACUCAAACAUAGUGACGUUUUAGUUUUGAGAUUUAACCGUAAAGCCUUAAAAUUACAUUAUAAGUACUCAAAUGUGAUUUAUAUAUGUCUGGGGCACCCUUUCUAGACAUGAUGAUUGAAGAGUGGGUGAAACAUGCUCGAAAUUAUUCAAUUCCUGCAUUCGAUAUACAUAAAUCGUGACAGUAGGAAGAAAUUAUUUGUGA